UGAAAUGUACACGUACGAACGAAAGUCAGUUUCAAUAUUAAAGCCGGAUCGUAAUUACGUGUUGAAAAACGAAAAAGAUUAUAACGAUGGAAGCAGAGGACGAUAUAAAAUUAUUUCAAUCAAUUGGUUUAAGUGAACAGAAAACUAAAGAAACAUUAAAAAAUAAACAAAUUUCCAAUAAUUUGAAACUUGCAAUAACAGAGGCUAAUAAAUAUGAAAUUAUUACACCGGAAGUUGGAAUUUUAUUAUAUCAUCUUGCUUCAAAAAUUAAGAAUCAAAUUGCAGACAAAUUGCCAUUUAUUACUAAAUACAUAGCUGAAAAGAAAUUGGAUACAACGCAAAGAGUAGAUACUGGACUGAAUUUCUUACUUCAUCAUAUAAAAGAAACUAUUGACAUAUCAAAUUUUGAAAAGGAAUGCGGUAUAGGUAUUGUUGUUUUACCAGAAGAAAUUGAAUGCGAGGUAGAAAAAAUUAUAAACGAGCAUAAAACAGAGAUAUUGGAAAAAAGAUAUCAUUUUAACGUUGGUCCAUUGAUGCAGCAAGUACGUAACAAUUUAAAGUGGGCAGAUGGAAAAGCAAUAAAGAAUGAAUUCAAUGUUCAAAUGCUAGUAUUAUUAGGACCCAAGGUUGGUUCUGAUCUUGCACCGCCACCUAAAACAGUAAAACAAACAAAAACAAAGAAACCAGAGAGUGAGAAUGUUGAACAGAAAAAUGCAGCAGUAACAAAUGAGAAAGUAGGUGCUCAAACGAUAAGUGAAUUAAUGAAGACUAAAGUUCAUUUUCAUAAACCGGGAGAGAAUUAUAAAACUGAAGGAUACAUUGUAACACCAAAUACAGAUAAAUUAUUACAAGAACAUUUGCGGAUAACGGGUGGUAAAGUAAGAACUAGGUUUCCACCAGAGCCUAAUGGAAUUUUGCAUAUUGGUCACGCAAAAGCGAUUAAUAUUAAUUUCGGAUAUGCUGCAACUCAUGACGGUGUAUGUUAUUUACGUUAUGAUGAUACAAAUCCUGAGAAAGAAGAAGAGAAAUUUUUUGUUGGUAUACGUGAAAUGGUUGAAUGGCUUGGUUAUAAACCACAUAAGAUUACUCAUUCCUCCGACUACUUUCAACAGUUAUACGAAUUGGCUAUCAAGCUUAUAGAAAAAGGUUUGGCAUAUGUGUGCCAUCAAUCUAGCGAAGAAAUAAAAGGUUUCAAUCCACCUCCGAGCCCUUGGCGUGAUAGGCCUAUUUCGGAGAGUUUACAAUUAUUUCAAGAUAUGAAAGAUGGAUUACUUGAAGAAGGCGAAGUUACAUUACGUAUGAAAUUAACAUUGGAAGAGGGAAAGCAAGAUCCUGUUGCAUAUAGAAUAAAAUACACUCCGCAUCACAGAACAGGGGAUCAAUGGUGUAUUUACCCCACUUAUGAUUUUACUCACUGUUUGUGCGAUAGUAUAGAAAACAUAACGCAUUCUCUGUGCACGAAAGAAUUUCAGUCGCGAAGAUCAUCGUAUUAUUGGCUUUGUAACUCUUUAGAUAUUUAUUGUCCUGUGCAAUGGGAGUAUGGUAGAUUAAACGUGAGUUACACGGUUGUUUCGAAAAGAAAAAUCGGCAAACUGAUUGAAGAGGGUUUUGUAUCUGAUUGGGAUGAUCCAAGAUUAUUUACGUUGACAGCUCUUCGCAGAAGAGGUUUUCCUCCUGAAGCUAUAAAUAAUUUUUGUGCACAAAUGGGCGUAACUGGUGCUCAAGCAGUUGUUGAUCCAGGUGCUUUAGAAGCAUGUGUCAGAGAUGUUUUAAAUGUUACUGCAAGUCGGCACAUGGCUGUUCUGGAUCCAUUAAAAAUAACCAUUAGUAAUUUUCCUCAUGAAAAUUCUAUAAAACUGACUGUUCCCAAUUUUCCUAAUGAACCUGACAAAGGGCAACACAACAUUAUUUUUGAUAAAGUUAUUUAUAUCGAAGCGUCUGAUUUUAGACAGAAAGCAGAAAAAGACUUUAGGCGUUUAACACCAAAUCAAUCUGUUGGUUUAAAACAUGCAGGAGUUGUUUUAACAAUCAAAGAAAUAGAAAGAGACAGCAGCAGUAAUAUCGUAAACAUAAUUGUUCAACAAGAACCUAUCUCCGAAAAUAAUAAACCUAAAGCUUUUAUACAUUGGGUAUCAAAUCCCGUAUUGGCGUCUGUUAGAUUAUACGAACGGCUAUUUAAGCAUAAAAAUCCUGAAGAUUCAAACGAAGUGCCAGAUGGUUUCUUAAGCGAUAUUAACCCAAAUAGUAAAAAUGAUAUUGUUGGAUACAUUGACGCAAGUUUGGCAAAUUUGGUGAAACCUUUUGAUAAGUUCCAGUUUGAACGCAUUGGAUUUUUCUCUGUAGAUCCUGAUACCACACCAGGGAAGCUUGUCUUUAAUAGAACUGUGACAUUAAAAGAAGAUUCAGGGAAAGCGUGAGUAAUGUUAAUUUACUAAAAAUGUAAUGAAAUGUGUAAAUAAUUGGGUUCAAUACUGUUUUACAUAUUUUGUAAUAUUUCGUAUAAUAUUUAUAAAUAUUAAUUGUA